AUUAAUUUGUCUCCCAAACAUACCAUGCUUCAUACAUUCUUUUCUUUGUAUCUCUGUGAUUUUUUAUUUUUGGUUAUUUUGCCAAUGAAACCAAGCCACUCCCUCACUCAUAUAGCAGUAGAUUGCAUCUCCAAAAAGUAAAUUCAAAUGGCAUGUAGAAAGGAGAAGAAAAGUAUUACUAGAGGCACAAAACAUAUUCUCUUCUAUCUCAUGAUCAUGAUGCAAAAGCAUUAGCAUCAAGCAUCAUGCACCCCAUGGAAAAUGUCUUCUCUCUUCCUGUAGCCGCCAGGGCUGAUUUUAUCCAAUUUCUGCUGCAGUCUUUUGGCUGCAGCUACAUCUGUCUAUGGGCAUAUGAUUCUAUUUCACCCAAUCGUUUGUGCUUCUUGGAUGGUAUCUACAAUGUAACAAACGACCAACCAGGUUCUAGUUUGGGGACUGUGGCACAACAGCUUUUCAGACAGUUCAGAACCUUAACAUUUGAUGUUAAUGAUGACCGUGUUCCUGGACUAGCUUUUCGGAACCAGCGUCCCUACCUAGAGUUGCAACGAUUGGAACUUCUGAGACUUGCAUCAACAGAAAUACAAACACAAUUCUUUCAGGAGGCAAGGAUUAAGAGUGCUGUUUUCAUGGGGUGUAACAAAGGAGAAAUUGAGCUCGGUUUCUUAAACAUGUCCCAAGUUGACAUUCAAACAGCACUUAGAAGUUUGUUUCCUGGAGAAUUUUCCACUGGACAGUCUCAGCAAAUUGAUCAAAACCCUCCUACAUCAUCUUCAUCUUCUUUGAGAUCAAUAUCCACAGGUAGCCCUGAAUACUCAUCUCUUCUGUUCAGUAUUCCAGGCACUUCACAAUCCCACUUUCCUGAAACACUUGGAGGAGCAAGAGUGUUACCAAUGCAGCCAGUGCCAAACACAGCCACUGGUCCUCACCAACAAGCCAUUGAAGCACUGGCACAAGCCCCUCUAACCCAAUUCCCCACACCAGAAACCGAACAUUAUGCAAUCAUGAGAGCAAUUCUCCAUGUUAUAUCUCCAACUUCUCAUCACCACCAAAACUUGCCCUUUGCUCCAGUGGUUCAUCCAGAUGCCAGUGCUUUCCAGAGAUACAGAUCAGACAUUGGCCCCAACAUGGCUUCCAAUAUCAGAAAGCAAAGCUUCAUGAAGAGAUCUUUAACAUUCUUUAGAAACUUGAAUUUCAUGAGAAUGAGAGAACGCAUUCAAGCAACUUCCCGUCCCACUAAUACCCAGCUGCAUCAUAUGAUAUCAGAGAGAAGAAGGCGUGAGAAACUAAACGAGAAUUUCCAAGCACUUAGAGCCUUACUUCCUCCGGGAACAAAGAAAGAUAAAGCGUCUAUACUAAUAGCAGCAAAGGACACAUUGAGCUCUCUGAUGGCUGAAGUUGAUCAACUAAGCAAAAGGAAUGAGGGUUUGACAUCAUUUUUGCCAUCCAAAGAACCUACAACUGAAGAAAGCAAGGCUAGAUUAUCUCCGAAUGAAAGAUUAAGUGUCCGAGUUUCUCAUGUACCCGAAUCAAGCUCGUCACAGGAGCGAAUGGUGGAGUUGCAAGUGAAUGUGAGAGCACAGGUUUCUCAAAUUGAUUUGUCAAUCUGCUUAUUGGAAUUCUUAAAACAGUGUCUCAGCGUGAGCUUGGUUUCCAUGGACGCAAACACCCACAUUGCAGAGGGGAAUAAUAAUGUCAUUCAUCAACUUACCUUCAGAUUAAGGAUUAUUCAGGGAAGUGAUUGGGACGAGUGUACCUUCGAGGAAGCUGUGAGAAGAGUGGUUGGUGACUUGGCACAGUACCAAGAGGACCAAUAACUUUGACCAAAAACUUUACCACUCUUUCUCCAUCAAAUCCAAGUUGUUGUUAUACGUUGGUUUCAUGAUUAAAUUGGUUUUAUUAAUUAGGUCUGCAUAUUUAUUAUAAUUUGUGUUAGUUUCAGCAGUUGAUCUUAAUUAGUAUUGAAUAUGCCCAUUUUUCUCUACUAAUUUAUCAUUACAUAUCCUUUUUCA